AUGGCGGAUUUCCCUCCUGCCCCGGUCGAGUCCAUUGUCAACGGCCAUGUCGAAUGCGAUUACGACGCUGCCACUGGUACCUGGUCGGCCCCGCGGUUUGUCAAAGAUCCGUAUCUGCGAGUACACGGGCUGGCCCCGGGAUUGAACUAUGCAUACCGUGACCCUCAAGGCCAGAUCCUAGUCUUUCGCCCCUCCGAUCACGCCCAACGAUUCCAGGUCUCCUGCGCCGCUAUCGCCAUCCCCGUCGUCCCCGAGGACCUCUUCCUGAAGAGCGUGUACCUGGCUCUGGCGCGCAACGCCGAAUUUGUCCCUCCGCACGACAGCGAGGCUGCCAUGUACGUGCGACCGCUAGCCUUCGGGUCAGAAGGCUUCUUCGCCGUCUCCGCCGGGCCCGGCUACAAGUUCUGCGUCUUCACGCAGCCGUUCACGGCCUACCACGGAGUGAGCCCCGUCAAGGCGCUCGUACUGGACGAGUUCGACCGCGCCGCGCCCCUCGGGACGGGCCACGUCAAGGUCGGCGGCAACUAUGCGCCGGUGCUGAAAUGGAGCGACCAGGCGCAUGCCGAAGGAUUCACGCUCACCCUGCACCUCGACAGCCGCACGCAUUCGGAGAUCGACGAGUUCAGCACCUCCGGCUUCGUCGGCGUCAAGCCUGCCGGGAACGAGAAAUACACCCUCGUCGUGCCGGACAGCAGGUCGGUGCUGCGAAGCGUGACGAGCAUGAGUGUGCUCGACCAGGCGCGAUCGUUUGGGUGGGGAGUGGAAGUCCGACCGAUCCCUUUCGCGGAACUGCGCUACUUCAGCGAAGUGCUCGCCGUCGGGACGGCCGCCAUGGUCGUGCCCGUGCGCUCCAUCACGCGCAGGUCGACGGGCAACGUGUUCGAGUACGGCAGCGAGCCGGGGCCGUGCUGCGCGCGACUGUCCAAGUCGCUCAAGGCGAUCCAGAAGGGCAUCGAGCCGGACCCGUAUGGGUGGGUGCAGCGAGUGCCGCGUCCGGACGAGUAG